AUGUUUAUUGUUUAUACAGUUUAUUCAAUAUCUGGGAAAAAAAUAGUUAUCAUAGAUUACAGAGAGUUAUUGUUAUACAUUCAGUAUCAAAAAUAAAUUGUGGAAAUGAGUGGUUUUGGGGAAAGGAUUUGCAGGUUAUGCCUCGGUGUUAGCAUCUUCUAAAUGUAAUUUUUGACAAGACAACACCAACAUCAUUCAGCAGUUAUUUAGAACUAUCAGCUAGGAUCAUUGAAACAGAUUUCCCAAAUUUUGACGAAACGCAUAUAAUGUGUAAUGCUUGUUCACUGAAGGUCACAGAAGCUUUCAAUUUUAAGACAGUGUGUCUCUACACUAAUGAUACUAUAAUUGCUUACGCCCAUGAUGAUGAAUCAGGAUGUUCUAUUGACCUAAGAGAGAUUUAUGCAAAGGAAACAGAAAACACACAAUCAAUAAAUACAUUAAAGCAUCAUAAAGUUUGUAGGCUAUGUAUGCAGCUAAUAACAGACAAAUUUAUAUCUGUACAUGAAAUGGAGGUUGAUAUGAUCGAAAAGUUUAUUCCAGAAAUAAACUUCAAUAUUGUGAAAGAUCAAGUUAUUUGCAGACCAUGUUUUGAUUCCUUCAGUGCCCAUAGUAGUUUCAUAAAGAAAUGCUUAGAACUAGAAGAGAAAAUUAAGAGUAUUCAUAAUGCAGAUGCCUGUGACAGCCUAAUCAGGAUGCCAUCAUUAGUUCCGUACAUAAAAUCCGAGGAGAUUGAUAUAAAGUCUGAAGUAAGUGAACAGGAAGAAGAAUUGUUGGAAACUUAUUCUACUACACCAAAACUUGAACAUAAAGAAACAUUGCAAGAUAAUGAGUAUGGUAACGGACCUUCAAAUCUUUCAUUUCACAAUUUGGAACACAAGGAAAUUUCUGAGACAAAAAAAAACAAGCAUGUGCCUAAAGGACAUUUAAGAAAAUCUGAAAAGGAAGGGUCAUAUAGCACCAACUUACAUGAAGUGCGAACAUACAUGUGUGAUUUGUGUGAUUUUACAACCAAAUAUAAGGAUGGUCUUAGAAUCCACCAGCUGAGACACGCAGAUCCCUCGAAAAUAGACAUGUAUGAAUGCAAUUUGUGCGAAUAUAAGACCAGAUAUAAAAACAUACUUAAGCGUCAUCAUUUGACACAUGUGGAUCCUUCAGAGGUACAAUUUUACAAGUGUGGUUUGUGCGAUUUUAAAUCGAAAUACAAACACAGUCUUAGUCUUCAUCAGUUGAAACAUGCGGAUGCUUCCGAAAUGCCAAUGUACACAUGUGAUAUGUGUGAUUUUAAUUCCAAAUAUAAAAACAAUCUAAAGUUUCACCAGCUGAUACACACAGCGGAAAUAUACAAGUGUGAUUCAUGCGAUUAUAUUACCAAACAUAAACACAGAUUUAGACUUCACAAAUUAAGACAUACUGACGCUCCAAAUGUGCGAAUAUACAGAUGCGAUUUAUGUGAUUUUUUGACAAAAACUAAAUACAGACUUGAACGCCAUCAUUUGAAACAUACAGACUUUUCAAAAGUGCAAACGUACACAUGUGAUUUUUGUAAUUUCCAAACCAAAUAUAAGUACAGUCUUAAGACCCACCAGUUGAAACAUGCCGAUCCUUCAAAGGUGCGAAUGUACAAAUGUGAUUCAUGUGAUUAUAAGUCCAAAUAUAAAGGUCAUAUUAAGUCCCACCAGUGGAAACAUACUGUCUAAAAACAUAAAAUGACGUCUGAUUAUUUUUGAAAAUUUGAUGCAUGGCUGGAUUCAACAAUUCCUAACUAACUUCCAUUUUCCUAAUUUGAACAUUAGUGAGUUUACUGAUUCUGAUAAUCUAAUUGCUAUUAAUAGAUUAAACAAAUCAAAUAACUACAUUGACAAAUGUAGGAAAUGUAUUUGCUUGUAGUAUGUAACAUAUAUUUUUGUCCUGUGCUUAUAUCAAGUGAUCUUUCGUUAAUUCCGAACUUCAAACCCAUUUUAUGUAACUUCGUGAAAUAUUUGAAGAUAUUUUCAUAUGAUAAAAUUUACCACCAUAGACAAAAUAUUACAUUGCCCUGGUUUUUAUGGAAGACAUCAUAAAUUUGGAAAUAUUUUUCCUAUAUGUUUCUAAUGUUACUGGUAACCAGGGUCAGGUGAAUACAAUCUACACUGUGUUUUCUAAGGCCAUCGAUCGAAUAGAUCAUGGGAUUUUUGUCAAUAAACUAAAGCUAUUUUAAUGAUAAAUUCUUAACAAUAUUUAUAUCAUAUAGUAAAAGAGUGCAAUAUGCAGUAUACAAUUUAAUUAAAAAUAUUUCUGUUCUGCAUCUGGGGUUCCUCAAGGAUCGAACCUAGGAUCUCUCUUAUUUUUAAUUUUCGUCAAUGAUGUACCAAUGUUAUCGAUUGUAAUAUGGUAUUAUUUGCAUAUGAUUUAAAGAUGUAUCAAAGUGCGAGCUCUUUAAAGGAUUGCGUAUUUAUACAGUGUCAAAUCCGAAAACUUGAAACUUGGUGCUAUGUUAAUAAAUUGUAUUCAAGUGUUCAGAAAUGCAAAAACAAAGCAUCCCAUAUAAAGCAUAUAAAGUCAAUUUGAUAGUUUUAUACUGUUGUCUAGUUAUAAAAGACGUGUGUAUUAUUGGAUAAUAAAUUUAUAUGAGGAUUACAUAGCAUAUGAUCUUCAUUCUGUAUUAGAUAUUAUUAUUGGUAAUUGUAUAUUAUGUUUUCAGAAUAUAUAAGCUUAAAGGUUCUUUAAUAUUCCUUGGUGGGAUCGAUCUUGGAUUUGAUGUCUAUUUUAGAAUUAUUAUAAAAUAUGAACUUAUAGACAAUGUGUGAAGUUUUUGAAAUUUUUAUAUUGCGAAAGAUAUAACUUAACCAGAAAAAGAAUACAAUUAUCAAAUGCCCUUCGCUUCAACUGCGGGAGUCAAUGAGCGCGAGCAUUCAUUUCCAACCAAUCACGUAGAGUGAGACAGCAAGUACUGAGAUACUGUCUGUCUCUCUCACACACUCAGCCACACUUUUCGCAAUGGCAUGCUACCUCCCAGUAUAGUAUAUACUCGAAGGUAUGAACUACAUUUCUGAUCUAUAUCUAUUAUGUUAGGAAUGUAAGUCUGCAUUUAUUAAAAUAUGUUAUAUGUGUGGAACCAAAAAUAAUUUAUUUUUUUUACUUAACCAAAAUUUAUUCAAAAAUAUAUGUAGUUAUAUUUAAGUGGAGGUCGGGUUUAUAAACGUUUUAUAUUACGUAUUUUAUUUAUCUAUUAAAGUUAGAUGGUAGCAGAAAUAAAAAUAAAGAGUAUUUAUUUCCUUAUUUAUUAAUAUUAAUAUUCACCAAUUAUUUCUUGAAGAAUUGUAGU